CGCAAAUCGCUACAAUUUCGUUCGUCCUUGUUCAGUUUGAAAGUCACUCCUUUUGAAUCUGGCCGGGAGAAGAGAAAACCGAAGCCUGAAGUUUCUAUACCCACUGUAAUUCUCGCGAGAAAUUUGCAGGCCAAAAGAAAGCAAAAAAGAUGGAAGAGAUUUUUGUUGCAAUUUUGUCCGUGUUUCUUAUUCUGGCGUUACUCCCUCUUUAUUUAUGGAAACGCCGUCAGGUUUCUAGAUCUUCCGAUGGUCGAGAAGAAGAUGAACAGGCACCACGGAGAGAAGCUGUAGUUCGCCCUGGAGCUCGUCGAAUGCGGCGUAGACCAGCUGCCGCCAGUACGUCCACAGCCCCCACGGAAGCUACAGAGGAUAUUGUUUAUGGAAGUGAGGAUGAUGCUCCUGAAGAUGAGUACUACGUUGCUAAAGCAUCCAAGAAAAAGGAGAAGAAACGGCAAGAGCGAGAAGCCCAACGACAGGCUGAGGAAGCAGCACGUGAGUCAAGGAAAACAAAACAAGAUCAUUAUGCAGAAAUGCGGAGGAAAAAGGAUGAGGAGCGUGAAGCACAGGAGCGUUUAUUGGAAGAAGAAGCUAGGGCUCGAAAGGCUAAGGAAGAGGAAGCUGCUGCAUUAGAAUUUGAGAAAUGGAAAGGGGAGUUUUCUGUUGAUGCUGAAGGUACAACAGAGAGUGAGGUGCAAGAUGGGAAUCAGGGAUUACUUUUUGAUUUUGUGGAAUACAUCAAGAAAAACAAGUGCGUUCCAUUAGAAGAUCUUGCUGCAGAGUUCAAGCUACGGACUCAGGAUUGCAUCAAUAGGAUCACUUCACUGGAAAGCAUGGGUCGACUGUCUGGAGUUAUGGAUGAUCGGGGGAAAUACAUAUACAUCUCCCAGGAGGAGAUGAAAGCAGUUGCUGAUUACAUAAAGCGCCAGGGAAGGGUUAGCAUUUCGCAUUUAGCAAGCAAGUCCAAUCAAUUCAUUGAUUUGGAGCCAAAAGCCCAGUUUGUUGAAGAAAUCAGCAACCCAGAAGGAAUUACUGUUUCUUAAGUCGAAACCCAGUGUACAUCUGUGUUCUUAAAGCAUCUGAAUUAUGUUAUUAAAAAAAAGCAUCUGAAUUAGAUACACAAGUUGAGAGAGAUGAUACAAUUUUGUUUCAAGAGGGCUUGGGUAGUAAUAUUUGAAAAGCUAACAGGAAAACCGCUCAAUGGAUGAUAAAAUCCACUAACAUAGUUUGGUAACAUGUACAAAUGAAAGGAAUUUCGUUUCGCUUUUUGUUGCAUUUGAAUAAAUAAAUAAACAGAUUAUCUUUGA